AUGAAGUUCACUACUGCCUUCGGCGUUGCUGCCCUAUUCAUGGCUCCAUCUGCUGUUGCCUGGAAGCUUCCUGUGAGUAAAUGCAGUAUCAAGCCUCGGUUCAAUUCGUUUUCGCUGACAGUAUUCCUCCAGCAUGGUCACAAGCUUGAUGCUCCCACUCCAACUCAGCUGCCGUCGCCUUCGGGCCCGGCACUCACUCCCACGGGGACCCCAAGUGCAUCCCCAAGUGCGUCUCCUAGUGCAUCCCCCAGUGGGUUCCCAAGCGGUCUUCCAGGCGGUUUCCCGCCCGGGUUCCCUCCCGGAUUCCCUCAUGGCCCUGGUGAACAUGGUCAUGGAGAACACGGUCAUGGUGAGCACGGCCAUGGUGAACACGGCCAUGGUGAACACGGCCAUGGUGAACACGGCCCUGGUGAACACGGCCCUGGUGGUCUUGAUCAUGGCGGUCCUGGCCAAUGGGGUCCUGGUCCAUGGGGUCCUGGUCAUGGCGGUCCCGGUCAUGAAGGCCCUGGUCAUGGCGGUCCCGGUCACGGUGGUCCUGGCCACGGCGGUCCUGGCCAUGGUCCCAAGCCCACUGUCACCAGUGACAUGCCUUCCGGGUUCCCAGGGUCCACUGGCACCCCAUCUGGAAUCCCUGAGUCUACCGGUGCCCCGUCUGGAUUCCCAAGCGGCUACGCUGGCGGCAGUUCUGCUAGCGCGACUGUUACUCCCACUGCAACCUCGACUCCUUCUGCUGGCGCUGGAGGGAGCGGCUUCCCCCGCAUUCACGCCCGUCAGGUCCGCCCUAUGCUGUUUUAG